AUGUGCACCGCUGGCGUCCUGUCGGUGGCGAACACCCUGUUCCUUGUAGGCAAGCAGGCAGAAUUCAUGAUGACUGCAUGCGAGCCUGGGAGCCAUGCCAUGAUGUCCAUCCGUGGGGCCUCGGCCCAACACAUUGCCCAUCUAUGCCGUGGUAGCGAGACCAAAUUUCGAUACGAGGUCUCGUGCAUCAACGGACGCCAGGAUACCGUCGCAAGCCUAAGCCUCAAGUGUAUGCUUCUCGACGUCACCUUUGCCUUCCACUUGGCCCAAAGGGAUUCCAUCCUUGACGACUUUGAGACCGCCGCUCGCCGUGCCACAUUCAAAGCAUCCAAGAUUCCUGUACUCUCCUCUCUCCUGGUAGAAACCGUGGCUAAUAGACAAAUCACCAACGCGACGUAUAUGCGGCGGGCAACCCGCGAGCCUGUUGACUUCGAGUCCACAAUCAGGGCGUCUGAGACCAAGGGGUUGAUCGACAACAAGACUGUUUGGGUUGAUAUAGGGCCACAUCCCAUGUGCGACUCUUUUCAAUACCUUGGCGGCCUGGGGUGGGAGUCAGAGCCCCUUAAGACCAGCCCUAACGUGGUUUACUACAACUACGUUUGCAUGUUGCCUGUCGACGGCCAGACAGGCGCGUACAUAGGUAACAUCUAUCUUCUACGCGGCGUCAAGAUCAUGGGGGCCUACGUAGGCAUCAAGUUCAAGCGUAUCUCGCGGGCUCUCAUGACCGUCAUGUUUCCGCAACAGAACGCGAUAAAAGGAGGAAGACCCCCUGGUCACCGUCAGGCCGACGUCUUUUCUGGCCUUAACAACGCAAAGCUAUUCAGCGCGAUCACGGCUAUACCACGACGGCAAUAUCUAAUGCUCAUUAAGGAGCCUAGCGCAGCGCCAGUGCUAGCAAAAAGCAGCCCUCUAAAAACACAAGACGCUAAGCAACGUCUUCCGCGUAUGACUACAGAUAUCUAA